AUGCCACGCUCUCCACUAGCUACAUGCCAUGGAAGUGAAUCAGCACUUAAACCUAGAAGUGUCACAACUGUUCUCGAGGAACUCAAUGGAGCACCGAGUGUAAUUUCGGUAGUAUUCUUUGGCCAUAUAAGAAGAAAAGCAUAGACG